AUGAAUACGCCGCCUGAAACAAACUGUGCUGUAUGCUCAAGGCCUAGCAAUGCAUUCAAUUACGGCGUACUAUCUUGUAAUGCGUGCAAGAUGUUCUUCCGAAGAGCAAUCCUCGGAAAAUCUGAGAAAUUCUGUAAAAACAAUGGAAAUUGUGACCAACUCAACUCUAUUCUGGCCUGUAAACUAUGCAGAUUCCAAAAAUGUUUGCAUCUCGGAAUGAAAUUGAACACAAAUCAAUAUGUGAAUCUGUCAGAUCUCAUCAACAGUUUAUCGAAACGAAAUGCCGAAAGAUCCAAUAAAUUAUUGAAUUAUCAAUGUGCUGAUGAUCCAACUUUAUCUCAAGUCAUCAAUAAAUUUCCACUAUUUUCAAAAAAAUCAACUGAUCAAGUAUUCUCGAAAUCUGAUUGGGGAUUCAUGGAACAACUGACAACUAUCGAAUUCAUGAGUAAAUUUGAAUUUGCUCAGCUACUAGAUCCGGAUGAUUUACUAGUAAUAUUCAAAGCAUCUUGCUUUAAAACUGCUUCGCUUAUCAAGGCGAUUCGAUCGUAUUCUCUGAAAUCCGAAUUUCUACAGUAUCCAGAUGGAGAUAGUAUUGUUCCAGAACAACUGAUUCCAUAUUGUGCUUCUGAUUUUCUUGCAAGAGUUCAAAGUAGAUUAAUCGGGAAACUGAUUGAACUGAAUAUAAAAGAAGAAGAAUUCCUGUUGCUCAUUUCAGUACUUUUGUGUAAUCCUGCAAUCAAUCACCUAUCAGAUGAUGGCCGAACAAUAAUAAGUAUCCAACAGAAAAUCUAUACAUCGGCUUUGUUCCAGUAUUGUCUUAUCACUUAUCAACAGUUUGGACCAUCAAGAUUCAAUGAAUUACUAUCAGUAUGUCACAUAAUCAACAGGCACAUGGAAGAUAUUGGACAAUUGUGUUUUAUGUUCACUUUUCGGCCACCAACUGAAAAAUACAAGAAAUUGUGUGCAGAGCUUCUGAACUGUUGA